UGUUGCUAUUACAGCUAUCUGGAGCAUGUAAAAGGGAUGAAACUUGUAAUUUUUUUUAAAAAAUAGCAUUUAGGACAAUUCUCUUAGUUGCCAGCUCUUUGGAGGGCAGUACCAAAGCAGUUCUUGUCAUCCACUGAGGGAGGGGAAGGGGCAAGUGACCUGCACUGUGUCUGCUGGGAACUCCUGCAGGUGCAGGGCUGGUUCCACUCCUGGGCUCUCCAGAAAGCUGCAGUGCCUGCCUGGGUGCCAAUGCUCAGUGUGUGCUUGGGUCCUGCCAGCCCUGAAAUCCACCUCUGCACUCGGAUUUGAUGCUGCUCCCUCUGCUGUGCCGAGGACUGGCUGAGUGUGGCAGAUGCUGCAGUUCCAGCUCGUGGUGGUGCAUUUGGCCCUUGUGAUUGCCCUGCUGUGGUGGAACUCCAGCUCUGUGCUCCUUGCACAGGCAGCUCCGGAGCCUCUGAAGCCUUCUGCUGCUCUGGAUGUGGGAGACCAUCCCAUUGCCAGUGAAGAGAAGUCAGCCACCAACCUGGCAGCCAAACUGUUCCUUCUUGAUGACUUGGUGUCUCUGGAGAACGAGGUGACUGAGACCAAGAAGAAAAGAAGCUUCCCAGGAUUUGGCUCCCCCAUUGACAGAAUUUCUUCAUCCUCUCUGGAUACUAAAGGCAAACAGAGGAAAGUGCUGGAGCUGCCCAAGAGAAGGUUUGGAGUUCCUCUGGACCGGAUUGGAGUGAGCCACCUCGGUGACACCAGGGGUUAGCAGCUCCUGCAGAUGCUUCUAUUCUGAAUGAGUGAUGCUGUAUUGGAAACACUACAGAAUUUUGGAAGAUGCCUCACCGCAUGCCUUGUCAUUGCCUAAUGAUACAGCACUCAAGGAAUUGACCUCCAGCAAAAUCUGUUUCAAGCUGCAUUUUACAAAAGUUGCAUUUACAAAUAAUAACAUGUUCAGUUCAUCAGGUCAGAAUGCUCACAGCUGUGCACAGUGUCACUGGUAGGAGGGAAAAGAGAAUAUGUAUAUAUUUUUAUUGCAUGGCAUUUAUCUGUUAAACUUGCAGAAUUUUAUUAUUCUAAGCAGGACUGAGAUUUUUUUUUUGAUUGAAAAUAAAACUUCCAGAGAUGCCAACAGCAGUCCAUGAAAAGCA